UGUGAUCUACUUGAUGUUUAAAUCGCUACAGUUUACUUUUGAUUUCAUUCCUUUCUUAUUUCAUUUUUUUCCCUAAAUCGGUGGUAGUUCAGGGUAACUUCACACGAAUGUCAUAAUAUUGGGGGGACGUUCAAUAAUUUUAUCGUCUGUCUAGUUCCGUGCGUCGCCGCCAGUUCGAGCGGGUGCUGCGCGAGGCGUCGCGACGUCCGUUUCAAAAUCCGCGUAAAACGCCUACCAAAACCCUCCACCAGUCGGCGAUACUUCGUGCGAUCCGCUCCGAUACUCCUUUGGUCACCCUUCAGGGACCCCGCAAUCGCCACCCUCGAAAAGCUGGCUGCGAACGCGAAAUAUGGACGGGAUUAGUGGAUAUUGAUUUUACGCGCGACAGCGGGAGCCGCCACCCCCUCUGCACAUCACCAUCGCCACCAUCAACACCCCCACAUUCGGUGUUGCGUACGUGAGUUCUCCCCCCGGUGCGUGCGCGAAACCGAUUCCCGAAUUCGUACAUCUGAUGACCACUUCCGGUCCGCAACUCAGGAUCCGCGACCCAGACAUGUCGGAUCUGCGGACUCAACGUUUAUUGAAAUGUCUUUGCGACGAAUAUUGUAAUUGCGACCGCAAUGACUAGUUUGACGCUGGCAUUAGAUAAUGAUGUUACAGAGAACACUGAACAGAUUAGCAAGCUAUUCCCGAAGUGUCGUCCACGUAGUGACAUUAAUCUAAAUCCCAUAAUCUCAUCCUCUGGCCGUGAACAUGAGCACAACACUACAGACAAUUCAAAUAAUAUCAUGAAUAUCGACAGGGACAAUGAUAGAUGGGUCAUGGAUGGUUCCUAUACUGACAAUAGAGAUAACAGCAGCCAAGUGCAUUCACCCAUUGAUGAUGAUGACAUUAUCGACCACGAGCAUAUUGGAGGAACGUACAAGUUACGUGACUCUAGGAUAAUAGAGAUAGCAGGCGGACGCGAGAUAUACUCGCAAAGUCGCAGCAAGGCUGCAAGAAAAUCACGGAACCUGGGAGCCGACGAUUUGGACAAAAAGAAGGGCCAGAAGUCGCCUUCAAGACAAGGCGUGUGGGAACUGCGGCGAUGUAACGAGUCGAAGAAGUACCGUAACUCGCGGGAGUUCACGGAGACGGUGUUCUCUUCGGAGGUGUGCUCGGUAACACAUCCCCAGGACCAGCAGGCCGAGCUGCAGCAGCAACAGCAGCAGCCACCGGCGGCCGUGCGCGGCAGCCCCGAGGGGUGCCAUGAGACCAGGAAGAGUCCAGUGAGAGUGUCGGCGACCGGCGAGGUGGUCGUUUUCGACGACAUUGGCGACAGCUGGCAGGAGGAGUGCAAGAGGAUGGAGGAGGAGAACCGCUCCGAGUCGACGUCCCCGUCGCCAUACAACCACACUGCCGCCGAAAUGGAAUCCGAGAGGGUGACUAAGGUGAUUGGAAACCUACCAAUCGCGGUAUACGAAGGGUCCCCGCGCCGAUACGGCCCUCGGCAGCAGGAAUCGAACUGCACGCAUCCACAAUUACCUAGCGCGCAGAGUUUGCUUGCUUCCCCUAGUGUCUAUCCACCUAGGCCCGGUUUUCCACAAAGGGUCGUUUGUUCCCCUAGCGAAACUGAUGCCCCCUCUUCUAUUGCUGAUAACUAUAAUAGAAAUAGUAAGCCAGGUUCGCCUAGGACAACCACUUCGACAUUCGAUUAUUUGUACGAGUUCUCUGAAACGCGAAAAGUCCUUGAGGAGUUUUUCAAAUGUCCGCCACCGGAAGAGGAGAACCGGCUGGAAGCAGAGUUCCAAGACCUGGAGUAUGAACUGCGACGACAGGCAAACGAUAAUUCCGGCAAUUCCUACGUCGGCCAGAGACUGGCGAAAGGCAGAUCCGAUCAAGCUCAAGACUUCUGUUUGAGAGUUGAUUCUCCCAGGAAGCACAGCUCGAGUUUAAUUGGCAUCCAGGAGCAUGACAUAACGGAGCACGAAAAUAACUUCCUGGACCUCUCCAUUGGGACGGGAUCAAGUGGUGACCUGGGGGAGACAGAGGUAGGACUCCAGGUAGGACACAGUAGGAAUUUUACGCUUUCUCCAGAGACUACAGACUGCGACUCGAAUUGCGGCGAUUUAGAUAGUGAGGUAUCUUUGAUGUUGAUGGAAAACGAAUUAGUCCCAUCUUCUGGUUUAUUAGGUUCUAGUGGCGAUUUAGCAAUACCCAAUGAUUCUUUAAGACUUUAUUCAAGCAUGCCGGUCCUGGAGGAUGGCCUGUCUUCGGGCCAUGCCAGUGAUACGGACAACAACAAUCCGACGGUUAUGCUCAUGAAACGGCAGAUUACUGAAAUCGAGAGAGAAAUCAAUCAAGGCAUUAAGAAUAAGCAAUUGAAUAAUAGGACAUUAGAAAACGGCCUCUCGCCAGGGAAGGAAUGCCUGUCUGCAACGCCAAUAGAUAUGAUAAAUGGUCUGAACAGUUACGAUGAGCUGAAGCAUCAGCAGACGGACAGUUCCGAAAAGACGCCGCCGCCACCGGCGCCGGCUCCACAUCGUUGCAUCACAGGAGAGUCCAGCGACGUCGAAGCCGCCAUAAAGGAUAUAAGGCUUACUCUUCAAAGGACCAAAACGCUGCCAUUGAAAUGUCAUCCGGAGGCGGAAUGCGAGGAGAAUGCGGUUAGUCCAGUUUGGGUUCCAAGGCAAAGAGGUUUGUCGGCGACGAGCGGAGAUUCUGAUCGUAAGGUUCAAAGCGGCGAGGAAGGAGGUGACGAAGAAGAAGCGGACACAGACUUAGAGACUGAUCGUUUGCUGGGACAACAAAGGACUGAUGACCAGGGAUUCUAUGAUGAUAAGGGCUGGAGAAAACCUAAAAGUCGGACUAUAAUGCCGCCACUCUCUCUAUCCCAGACUCCCAAACAAAUCCAGCCCUUAGACGAUGGGGCAGUGCCUUUAGUGUCGUCCGAUCCCCUAAAUUCCAACCACUCAUCACCUAACGUAACGUCUGAUAAAAGCCAGUCGCCCCAAAGCCAGAAAGGAUCCAUUUCAUCGGUUAAACUAAAAAAGGAUAAGGACAAUAAGAAAAAAGGACGCAACAAAGAGGGCUUUUUGGAUCCUACAGUAUUAAUCGAAGGCGUAUUGUUUCGAGCUCGUUACUUGGGCUCCACGCAGUUAGUAUGCGAAGGACAACCCACGAAGACCACCAGGAUGAUGCAGGCCGAGGAAGCCGUCAGCAGGAUUAAGGAGGCAUCCAACCAAAUGUUGCAAACUAAUGGCCCACAAUUCGGCCCCAGCAGUCCCGACUCUAGUUUCGAUGACGAAACGCCCAUUGAAUUGGAUGCCGAACCUGUAAGCGAAAAGUCUCCGCAGCCUAUGCAGGAAGGGGCGUGUCUUUUCAACGCUAACGCCCUGCCCCUGGGCGUGGGAGCCACCGGCACUGUAUUCCGUCUUCAUUUCUUGGGAUCUGUCGAGGUGGACGAAGAAGCGGGACGCAAAAGGCGCAAACGUCUCAAGAAAAAUAUGGUCGAGGUUGCCGUUACUAAGAUUAAGGCUUUGGCACCGGAUGGCGAGACUCAGCCUAGCACUGAGGUGGACCUGUUCAUCUCCACCGAGAAAAUAAUGGUCCUUAAUACAGAUUUGAAGGAAAUUAUGAUGGACCAUGCGCUUAGGACUAUCUCUUAUAUUGCCGACAUCGGCGAUUUGGUUGUGUUGAUGGCACGUCGCAGGUUCGUACCGCACGAGAUGGAGGAGGCCCCGAAGAUCAACAGAACUCCGAAGAUGAUCUGCCACGUUUUCGAAAGCGAGGAAGCGCAAUUCAUAGCGCAGUCCAUAGGCCAAGCAUUCCAGGUCGCCUACAUGGAGUUCCUCAAAGCGAAUGGCAUCGAAGACCACAGUUUCGUAAAAGAGAUGGACUACCAGGAAGUGCUAAAUUCGCAAGAAAUCUUUGGUGACGAAUUGCAAAUGUUCGCCAAAAAAGAAAUGCAGAAAGAGGUUGUCGUUCCUAAGGCAAAGGGUGAAAUACUAGGAGUAGUCAUUGUAGAAUCUGGUUGGGGCUCAAUGCUACCUACCGUGGUCAUAGCUAAUCUAGCACCAGCAGGCGCGGCGGCAAGGUGCGGACAAUUAAACAUAGGUGAUCAAAUAAUCGCGAUCAAUGGUGUCAGCCUCGUCGGGCUUCCGUUGUCCACGUGUCAGAACUACAUAAAGAAUUCCAAAAACCAGACUGUAGUCAAGUUAACAGUCGUUCCGUGCGCUCCGGUUGUUGAGGUCAAGAUAAAAAGACCCGACACCAAAUACCAGCUUGGUUUUAGUGUGCAGAACGGAGUGAUAUGUAGUUUACUGAGGGGCGGUAUUGCGGAGAGGGGUGGAGUCAGGGUGGGUCACAGGAUCAUCGAGAUCAACAACCAAAGCGUGGUCGCCGUUCCGCACGAGAAGAUUGUCAACCUACUGGCGACUUCAGUGGGCGAGGUAAUCCUCAUGAAGACGAUGCCGACUUCUAUGUUCCGCCUUCUGACUGGGCAGGAGAAUCCAGUGUACAUUUAAAUAGACUAAUUGAAGGUCUGAAAGUGCCUACCUAACGUUGAUAUUAAAACUCUGUCAUUGGGAAUUGUUUUAUUGAGUUUGGUCUCAUGCUUAAGUCGCAGCAGAUCAAAUAUAUUUUUUAUUGUACCGUAUAAAAAGAAAUGGGAAGAAAAAGAAGAUACCAAAAACGUGUUUGGAGAUAUAGGAAACAUAACAAUGAUGAUGAUGAUGAAAUGUUACAAAUUAUCAGACUGAAGACAAUAUAAGCAAAGACCUGCGCUCUGCACACGUGCCGCGCUUUCGUGAUAGAUCAUAUCUCUGCUUUGUCGCAUAUUGUAUUUAUUUGUUGUGAAAGUGAAGAGCGUAAACCAAAGAUAAAACACGGAUAAUCGGGGUUGGAUUAAUGACGUGUUUCCACUAUUUUCUCUCUAUCUCUUAUCCUCCUAGUUCCAUAUUGUUUAUAACGAAAAUAUAUAUAUAUAUGUAUUGUACCAUAUAUAAAAUCAUGUGAUAUAUAUGAACACAUAUAUAUCAUAUGAUAUGUGAAACAAAUGAGAACAAAAAAAACUAAUGUUAUUGAAUAUUCCGCUUUGUUUAUUUGUUUUUUUUAAUUGUGAUAAGCUAAGGGUGUGUGAACCAUAUAAAAUAAGAAAUGACUCAUUCAUCCAACCAUGACAUGAACCACAUGAGAAGCUGGCUUCGAAAUCAAUGUAGCAGCACACUAAUCUCUAGUCAGCAAUUUGUUGUUAAUUUCCGGAAACCCAGAAACGUUUCCCCCUACAGGAAGACCUCGGAUGUAAAGUCUCCAGCCCAAUAUUUAAUAAACGUAAUUGUAAAAAAAAAAUAUAUAUCUAUAUAUAUAUAAAUAUAAAAAAAAAUAAUAUGCAUGUAUGUAUAUACAGGGUGUCUCACUUAAUAUCGAACAGCCGUAUUUCGGAGAAAGUACCUCGAUGAUUGUGUUGUUUCUGUAAAACUUACCUUGUAAUUACAAACGUCGUUCUACGCACAUGUAAUAAUGAGAGCUUAUACGAAUUCUAAAUUAGUUUUCUGAUAGAGUUAAUUCACAAAUGGACGAGGCUUAAAUCACGACAGCUUGAUAUGUAAGGAUGAUGAAUAAACGACACUUAAAAGUAUAUCCAUUUGGAAGCUGCUUCAGGCUUGGUUUUCAUUCGUUCCGGUCUUGGUAGUUUUUGGACGUGUAUGUCUCUAUAUUAUCGGGGCCACCCUAUAUAUAAAUAUCCAUGUUUGUAUGUAUGUGUGAAAAAGAAAAGGAAAAAUAACAAAAAAAAAUUGAACAAAAAAUAUAAUAUUUAAUUUUUGUGUAACAAUAAAUAUUUUUGCUAUAUUAAUUUUAACCGGUGACAUAUGGAAGUUGGACAAACAAAAAGAAUUAAUUGAAAAUAUUACGACGGAGCAAUUGGACGAGGAAUACUCUUUUAUUCUCUGCAAAUUCAGUUUUCUCUUUUUUUUCCUGCUUAUGGUUACUAAUUUUUGGAUUCCCUUCUUUUUUUUUGUUGUUGUUUCGUUUCUGAAUUAUGUAAAAAUUGAUUUUAGUGACGUAUUAAAUUUCAAAACGUUAAGGACUUUUUACCCGCCCUUCCCCAAUUUAGCGGAGAGACCUUGUUGAAAGCGAUACUGUAUCACCACAUUGUUACCUUUACUGUUUAACUGCCUCUGAACAUUCCUGUUCCCUUUCACCCUUUCAAGUCAUAUCAAGGAAACUUCUACUUCAUCACGCUCCUGUUUACCUUAAGCCUAUGAUAAGUUUGCAAACUUCUAUGCCAUAUACUUUACUGUGUAUCUAUGUACAAAGUAUUCACAAUACAGCAUUCCACUAAUUUUGAAACUGUUUCUGAAGUUUUACUAUAUAAGCCUAGGAUAUUUAAAAAAAAACAAAUGGGUAUUUUCCAACGAGUCAUAAAUUGAAUAGUGAACCAGAUAGUUUAUCUAGAUUAAUCAAUGUCCUGAGCAACAAUUGCUCAUUGUCUCUGGAUAAUAAUAAUAAAAAAAAAA